GCAUGCCCCGCGCCGCCGCCGCUGCCGCCGCCGCCGCCGCGCCGCGGUUUGAGGGCGGGAGGCUGAGGGGGAGGGUAAGCGGAGCCGGCGCGGCCGCCAUGUUGGUUCUGAGGCGGCUGCUGUGAGGCGCCGACGGAGCGAGCGGGCGAGCGGGCGGGCGUGCGGGAGCGGCGAGCGCAGCGCGGGAUCUGCCUGAGUGCGAGCGGCGGGCGACGGCGGCGGCGCCAUGAGCGGGGGCACCCCUUACAUCGGCAGCAAGAUCAGCCUCAUCUCCAAGGCGGAGAUCCGCUACGAGGGCAUCCUCUACACCAUCGACACCGAGAACUCCACUGUAGCCCUCGCCAAAGUUCGAUCCUUCGGUACAGAAGACAGACCAACAGAUCGUCCAAUACCGCCUCGAGAUGAAGUCUUUGAAUAUAUUAUAUUCCGAGGGAGUGAUAUUAAAGACCUCACUGUUUGUGAGCCACCCAAACCACAAUGUUCUUUGCCUCAGGACCCAGCUAUUGUUCAGUCCUCACUAGGUUCAUCGUCAUCUUCCUUCCAGUCGGUGGGUUCCUAUGGACCUUUUGGCAGGAUGCCAGCAUACAGUCAGUUCAGUCCAAGUACAUUAGUUGGGCAGCAGUUUGGUGCUGUUGGUGUUGCUGGGAGCUCCUUGACAUCCUUUGGAACAGAAGCAUCAAAUAGUGGUACCUUAUCCCAGAGCAAUGCAGUUGGUUCAGCCUUCACUCAAGACACAAGAUCUGUAAAACCACAGCUAGCCCAAGGUCGAUCAAGCCCUCAGUUAGACCCUUUGAGAAAAAGUCCAACCAUGGAACAAGCAGUACAGACCGCCUCGGCCCACUUACCUGCUCCAGCACCUGUUGGGAGAAGGAGCCCUGUACCAGCCAGGCCUUUGCCACCUACCAGCCAGAAAGCAAUAGACAACCAAGAGCACAGGCGAGCUGAAGUACACAAAGUCCCAAGACCAGAAAAUGAGCAACUCAGAAAUGACAGCAAGAGGCAAGUAGUUCCUGGAGUGCCUUCUGCUCCUAGAAGAGGACGUGGGGGUCAUCGAGGUGGCAGGGGAAGAUUUGGUAUCCGUCGAGAUGGUCCAAUGAAAUUUGAGAAAGACUUUGACUUUGAAAGUGCAAAUGCACAAUUUAACAAGGAGGAAAUCGACAGAGAGUUUCAUAAUAAACUUAAAUUAAAAGAAGAUAAACUUGAGAAACAAGAGAAACCUGUAAAUGGUGAAGACAAAGGAGACUCAGGAGUCGACACUCAGAACAGUGAAGGGAAUGCUGAUGAGGAAGACCCGCUUGGGCCAAACUGCUACUAUGACAAGACCAAAUCCUUCUUCGACAACAUCUCUUGUGAUGAUAAUAGAGAAAGAAGACCAACUUGGGCUGAAGAAAGAAGGUUAAAUGCUGAAACUUUUGGAAUCCCGCUUCGUCCAAACCGUGGCCGUGGAGGCUACCGAGGCAGAGGAGGCCUUGGCUUCCGUGGUGGCAGAGGCCGUGGUAGUGGCCGAGGAGGAACCUUCACUGCCCCUCGAGGGUUUCGUGCUGGAUUCAGAGGCGCUCGUGGGGGUAGGGAGUUUGCAGAUUUUGAAUAUAGGAAAACCACGGCUUUUGGACCCUAAAAGGUCUGGAUUGGUCAUACUGCUUUCUGAAAGAAAGACAACAAAGUUGCUGCAUAGUCUACAAACAAGUCUUUGAAAAUAGGUGACUCCUAGCUCUUCAUGGUCCUGGAAAGUGGUUUCAGUCUUUGUGAAGAAUGAAGAAGUGAAGUUGCUGUCUGUCUGUCACCAGCACUGGGUUUUGUCUGUUUUCUGCUUCAUUUCAAAGCUACACUGCAGUUGCUAUGGGCCAGGAAAGCUCGUCUUAAAACACAAGCAUAAGUGUAUGUGGAGUAGCAGAUGGUUGUGAUUCCUUGCUUAGAGUUGAACUAAAGCCAGCUAAAUGGAACUGCUAAGUAUUUUUUCAACACUGAAAGGAUUUUCUUAUCACUAAUUAAUUGUAUUCAGCAAUUACUUCGAGUUGCCUGCAGAUAGGCCGUGAUACUGUGUUUUGAGCCACAGAAGGUUUUGUGCGCGCGUGCCUGUGUGUGUGUGUGUGUGUGUGUGUAUGUGUGUGUGUGUAUGUGUGUGUGUGUGUCUUUCUUUCUUUUUUGGAGAUCCUAUAAUAUGAGGUAGCUUAUUUCGACACUUAAUUAGGGUGCUGGAUGGUAGAGAAUUUUGUCAGUCAACUAUGUACACACAGGUAAAUACUGUUUCUUAGGCAAAGGUAACUUUUUUAUAUAGUUGUAAAAUUCCAUUAUAUUCCAUUGCCAAAGAAACAUUAAGAACUUUGUAUAGCUGUAUAAAAAGCAACUAAUUUUUUAAAGAAUAAACGUUUUAAAGUCAGCAAACAUACGUGUCCUUGCAGAAGUCAGUGAGCUGAGGAGCAGGGGUAUGGGUGGUCUGCUCCCCUUGCUUUCCAGGCUGAAGGUUCUUCAUUUCCUUUGUAAUGUUUGGACCACAAAUGAAGAUUUGAUAACUUUAUUCCAUUAUCUAAAAAGCAUAAAUUAUUCAUGCAUAGUGUAUGGACUUCAUUUUGUAGCAGAUCACAGGAUUUGUUCAAAUAAAAUAUUUUAAGUGUAUGAAUGUAAAUAAUCAUAGAUGAGAAUGUACCUCACUGUAUUUUCAAAUAAGUAACCGUCUCCUUUUUAAGACAUUAAAACUCGUUGAUAUAUCAGUUGACCCUUUCCUCCUGCUAUGCCUGGAAUUCUGUUGUGGUAACGCUGACUCCUGUUUUACAUCAAAAAGAUGGAGUUUUCAGAAUCAUCUGGCACCUGUAAAACAUUACUAACAUAGUAUGCAGGCCUAUGGCCUACUGGUGACUCUCUGUACACGUUUGUUGCUAACUGUAAAUUACUAAUAAAUCUUUUUUGAUAUUUAAGCUAUAGUGAAGAAAGAUCUGGCCACUUUGUGUUUUUAAUAAAGGCCAUGGAAUAAAGGGAUCCAAAGAUUUCAAUAUUUUUAGCUA